AGCAGUUUACAGAAGUCAAGACCACUCUGAAACCAUGAGUCUCUCUGCCAAAGACAAAGCUGCCAUCAAAGCCUUCUGGGACAAGAUCUCCCCAAAGGCUGAGGAAAUCGGUAGCCAAGCUCUGUACAGGAUGCUGACUGUUUACCCUCAGACCAAAACCUACUUUACCCAUUGGACGGACAUGAGCUUCAACUCUGCUCAGUUGAAGAAGCACGGAAAGACUGUAAUGUCUGGUGUGGAAGUGGCUGUCAACAAAAUCGAUGAUCUGACCAGCGGGAUGCUCAGCCUAAGCGAGCUGCACGCUUACCAGCUGCGUGUUGAUCCAGCCAACUUCAAGAUCCUCUCACACAAUUUGCUUGUGGUUCUGGCCAUCCUGUUCCCCACUGACUUUACUCCUGAUGUACACGUGUCUAUGGAUAAGUUUCUUGCUGCAGUGUCCCUGGCCCUCUCCGAGAAGUACAGAUAA